AUGCAGCUCAGCAGAUUUUGGUCAUCGCUUAGUUUCUGUGGGGCCGGCUUUGGCCUAUUUGCUGCUCAAUCUGUAUUCAUGGGCAGUGAAAAGUUCUACCACGAAUGGCUUAUGCCAGUUGUCCAUAUUCUUGUCCGAGAUGCAGAAUUGACCCAUUUGCUUGGGGUGAAAUUAACAUCUUUUGGGAUUGGGUAUCGUAAAUUUCCAUCAGCGAGUGAUGAGCGCCUUAUUCAAGCUAAGCGAGAUAAGCUUUCGAGGAAAGUUUUUGGACUCGAUUUUGUCCAUCCUGUGGGAAUUGCUGCUGGGUUCGAUAAAAAUGGUGAAGCAAUUCUAAACUUACUUGAGGCUGGGUUUUCUCAUGUAGAGGUAGGCACUGUAACCCCAAAGCCUCAAGAUGGAAAUCCGAAACCUCGAUUAUUUCGGUUCAACACCAAAAUGGCUCUUGUCAACAGGUGA